AUAGCCAAUUCUCAAAUUAUCUUGGAACUUUUCAUUGCCUGGCCAAUCGUACGUCUGCCGCAAAAGUCAAUUCUGCCGCAAAUCAAGUACUUUGAUCAAGUGUUUGAAGUUUGGCUACGUCACAUGAAAUCAUCUACAGCUGAAUACCUAGUACGGAGUAUCUAUCUAGGCUACCUAGGGUACGAUGUUUGAUGUAGCGAUGUGGCUAACACUGGUUUGAUGUAAGUUAAUUAUUCUCUAUCUUCUCUACGUGGUACUUUGACAUGGACAGAGAGCAAAGUACAUGCGGAGUCGGGGACAUGUACGCACAACAAGUGAAAUUAUUUUCAGUCUGAAAUUGACUAUCGAUUAUCACACUGCACUUGUGCCAUCCGUGCUCGAUCAGCUAGCCAACUGCAGAACUAAUUCUGUCGAAAGAAACCGAUUUGAUCCUUUCUUUCAGUCUAAUUAACGCUAAGUCCGAAGUUAAUCAAUCAAAUCGUGCAAAUGCGAGUGCGGGGGUGACGAAGCUCAGUAUUGUCAUUAUUGAAUUGAGAAAAAAAUUGGUCUGGUUAUUCAUUUACUUCAAUCCACUUCAAUAUCACAUCACGAUUAAAAGUCUUCUCGAGAAGUUAUUCAUUCAUAGAACGAUAUCUGCAUUGCCAAAAGACUCUUGUUUUCAUUUGCUUUUGCAAUUGCCUUCAAGAUGUCUUCUUCACAAACUGCAGGAUCUGGAACGUCUACUACUACAUCAAGCUCUGCAUCCAGUCUUGUUUCCACUUUGAUACCUGUUGCCGCUCUUGCUGCGGUAUAUAUCAUUGCCUUCUUGGUCCUUCGCGCAAAAUUUUUACGCGUUUACCAACCUCGAACUUUCUUACCAACACUUCGCGAGGAUGAAAGGACAUCGCGGUUAUCUGAUAGCAAAUUUGGCUGGCUUGCUCCCUUCAAAAGUAUACCAGAUGAACAUGUUCUGGAUCAUCAAUCACUUGAUGGUUACUUUUACCUUCGAUUCUUCGGAUUGUUGACCAAGAUAUGUUUUGUUGGUUGUUGUAUAACUUUCCCCAUCCUAUUUCCGGUCAACGCGACUGGUGGUGGCGGCCAAAAGGAGCUUGAUAUACUAUCUUUCAGUAACGUAAUUAAUAAGAAUCGAUACUAUGCCCAUACAUUUGUUGCAUGGAUAUUUCUCAGUUUCGUUAUAUUCAUGAUCACCAAAGAAACCAUGUUCUUUAUCAAUGUUCGACACAACUAUAUGCUAGCCCCAUUCAAUGCGUCCAGAAUUUCAUCCAAGACUGUCCUUUUCACCUUUAUCCCACAGGAGCAUUUGAGUGAAUCAGCAUUAAAGGAGGCUCUUGGAGGCGAUUCUGUUGUUGCCCGUAUUUGGAUGGCUAAAGAUUGCGAGAAGCUUACGGAGAAAGUAGAGGAGCGAGAUACCGAUGCAAUGAAGCUGGAAAAUGCCGAAAUUAAACUAAUCAAAGCCGCAAAUGAUAGACGCCUUAAAUGGGAAAAGAAAUGGGCUAAGGCGGAGAAGAAAGGAAAGCCAAAGCCAGCGCGAAAGAACGUGGAUACCGAAGCUGGGCUUGUCUCCGAAUGGAUGAAGAAGACAGAUCGACCAUCGCAUCGUCUAGGGAAGAUACCAUUGAUCGGAAAGAAAGUCGAUACUAUUGAUUGGUCUCGAAACGAACUCCAAAAACUUAUUCCAGAAAUCGAAAAGGAGCAAGAAAUUGUAGUGGGCCAAAACGGGACAUCACUCCCUGCUGCCUUUGUUGAAUUCAGAUCCCAAUUCGAAGCCAAUUAUGCGUUUCAAAGAUUCAGCGCAAAAAACCCCACCAAGUUGGACCCAAGAGCUAUUGCAGUCAAACCCCAGGAAGUCAUUUGGAAGAACCUCAAAAUCAAGAAAACACAGAGAAAGAUGAGAGUCAUCGCUACUGCGACAUUCUUGACUGCAAUGAUUAUCUUUUGGUCGAUCCCUGUUGCUGUUAUCGGUGCUAUCAGCAAUAUAAAUUAUUUGACUGAAAAGGUUCCUUUCUUGUCAUUCAUUAAUGACAUCCCUAGUGUUAUUCUUGGUGUCGUCACUGGUUUACUUCCCUCGGUCGCAUUAUCAAUCCUGAUGGCUUUGGUACCCAUCGUCUGCAGGUGGAUGGCCAAACUCAGCGGUGAGGUGACGACACCGGCCGUGGAACUUAAAUGCCAGAAUUGGUAUUUUGCAUUCCAAGUCAUACAAGUAUUCUUGGUCACCACAUUCUCGUCUGGAGCGGCAGCUGUGGUGUCCGAAAUCAUUGAAGAUCCUUCUUCAGCUACCACAUUACUUGCUCAAAGUUUACCAAAAGCUUCCAACUUUUUUAUAUCUUACAUCAUUGUUCAAGGUCUUGGAAUCGCAGCUGGAAAUUUGAUCAACGUUGGCGCUCUGGUCAUGUUAACCGUUGGUGGUAAAUUCCUUGAUAAGUCACCAAGAAAAAUGUAUAAUCGAUAUAUCACAUUGGCUGGUCUUGGUUGGGGAUCGUUAUAUCCAAAGUUUGCUUGUUUAGGAGUUAUUGCAAUCUCUUAUUCUUGCAUCGCACCACUUGUUCUCGGAUUUGCAACUAUUGGGUUUGCAAUCGUAUACCUUGCAGUCCGUUAUAACAUGUUCUUCGUUCUUUCCAACGACGUCGAUACUCGAGGAUCUUCGUAUGCUAAAGCUCUGCAACAAUUAAUGGUCGGAGUGUACAUUUCCGAAGUCUGUCUACUCGGUCUAUUCGCCAUUAAUACGACCAUAGGUCCAAUCGUUCUUAUGGGUGUUUUUAUUUUCCUGACAGCUGUUUACCAUGCUGUGAUGCGCCAUGCUUUAAAGCCUUUAACUAUGUACCUCCCAAGAUCCACUGAUGGUGAUGAUCAGGUCGCUUUAUUCGAAACGCCAUCAAACAACACUCACGAAUAUACCAAGUCUGCACUCCCACCCACACAAUCCGAAAGUCGUGGAGAAGAUGCCAAAAAGUCCAAGAAGGCCGCGAUCCUCGGAAAAUUGUUUGAUCCAAGAAAAUUCAAAUCACACGCGCGUGCCAAGAAGUUUGUGACUAGUCGCGAGGAGCUUCCAUCAUAUGAAGAAGCUGUUGAGAGUCAGGCUUACCUUGAUCCUGCCAUUACAAGCCCCCCACAAACCUUAUGGAUUGUUAGGGAUGAAAUGGGCAUUAGUCAACAUGAGGUUGAGGCUACGAGGGGCAUAAUCCCAAUAAGUGACGAGCUUUCAACAUUCAAUGAGAAGGGGAAGGUUGUCUGGAAUCAAGAUACAGUAUUGCAGGCGCCAAUUCGGGAGAAGAGAAUCGAUUAUUGAUCGUUAAGCUCAUUAUCAAGCUCUGUAUGAUGCAUGAUCGGAAACAUGGAGAUAUCACAACACGUAAUGGUGGGUGUCAUGAUUUGGAAGAGUGUGAUAAUGA